AUGAAGAACCCUCAAAACGAGAGUGACAACAGGGGUCCUGGGCCCACCGUGGAACCCCAAGAGGUCCCAGAUGAGCUCCCCAGAAGGUGGCAACAGUCUGGACGGUCCUGCCGGCAGGGAAUGCUGUUGGCUCUCCUGGGCCUGGUGACUGCGGCACUCUGGGCCGGCCUGCUGACUCUGAUGCUUCACUGGCAUUGGGACUCAGAGCAGAAUCUGAAGAAACUGGAAGAGAUGUCGGCCAAGAAUGUUUCUCAAGUGACCCAGGAUAUGGAGAGACACUGGGGCAGCCAGACGGCUCAGAAAUCCCGGGCUGACCAGAUAUCGCAGCACCUGGAGAAACUCCAAGCUGAACAAAAGAAGAUGCAGUCACAGGAUUCCUCACUCUUUGAGAACCUUGUGGCCCUUCAGGAGAAUGUAAUCAACUUCAAGUCCCUGAGCUUGAACAAGAGGCGGCAGACCCAAGAUUCAGUGACAAGACUCUGGGAAGAGGUGGCCCGGCUGUGGAUGGAGCUCCGAGUGGCCAAUGCCAGGACCCCCCGAGUGACUCCAGGAGAGACCCCAGCGGCACCCACUCAGCCCGAGGCACCGGCGGCGCCCACCACGGUGCCCACCAGUGAGCCCAGCUCGGUGCCCACCACGGUGCCCAGCACAGUGCCCACCACCAACGUGCCCAGCCCAGAGCCCACCACGGUGCCCACCACCAGCGAGCCCAGCCCAGAGUCCACCACGAUGCCCAGCACAGUGCCCACCACCAGCAUGCCCAGCUCAGAGCCCAGCCCGGGGCCGACCACAGCCGCCCUCCUGAGCCUCUCCUCCACCCCAGGCUCCCUGUGCAACACGUGCCCCCAGCAGUGGGCCAACUUCCAGCGGAAGUGCUACUACUUCGGCCAGGGCUCCAAGAAGUGGAUCCAGGCCCGGCAGGCAUGCCGCCAGCUGCAGGGCCAACUGGUCAGCAUCCACAGCCAGGCUGAGCAGGAUUUCCUGACCAAACGGGCCAGCAGAACCGGGUCUUGGAUCGGCCUCCGGGACCUGGACGUCGAGGGGGAUUUCAUCUGGAUGGAUGAGCAACCCCUGAACUACAGCAACUGGCGACCGGGGGAGCCCAACAACGCGAGCCCUGGUGAGCACUGCGUGAUGAUGCAGGGCUCGGGGCAAUGGAACGACGCCUCCUGCCGGAGCCUCCUGGCCGGCUGGGUGUGCGACCGGCUGGCCACCUGCUGACCGCGCACCCCAGGGCCCCUGGGUGCCCCCUCCCCCAGCUCUGGAGACACACGAGCCUGGGCAGCCCCCGCCCCCCACUUUGCCACAUUCCCCCCCCUUUCCAGCCCCCAGAAUCCAGAA